GUCAUGCUCUGCAUGCUGCUCAUCUUCCCCGAAAUCAAGCCAAAGCAAACCAUACAACCACAGUAUGCUGUGUAUAUUAAUAGCUAAAUUCAAUUGUAGAUUUUAAAUGCUAAAAUAAAACAGCCCUGUUCUUGAUCUGUGCAAGGCAGGAGGAAGGAAGGAAGGAAGGAAGUGUAAGUAAUGAUGCACAUCAGACUGCAUUCUGCACUAGUUCUUCCUCUCACACACAUCAGCGCACCUGGCUGAAGGUGGUUUCCGUGCGCUCUCACUGUAGCAGCACACCACAAGGUCGAGUGGACUCCAGCACACGCGAGGCACGCAAUACAGUGACACUGGAGGAUUGAAAUGAAGUGCUGCUGACUGUUAGUCAGACUUUCACAAGAAAUGCAUGGAGCUGCCAUACUUAUCCACUUAGGGGAAACAAUAUGUCCUGUUCUGAGAAUUCAACAAACUCGUCCAAUCACCAGACAAAUGCUGCUAGUCUGGACACUACCCACCACAUUCUCAUUGGCAUCUCUGUUGUCACCAUUCUCACCACACUUUUGUUUGGCAUCCUGUGGUUCAAAAAAUAUCGAUCACUGAAUAAGCCCACACAGCAGCUUGGACAGGGAAAGUUUGUGACUGUUCCUUCCCAGGACUCCCCUCCUCUAUCUCAUACCUCUCCUCAAUCGGUGUUGGUGAUGCCUCCGUUAGACAAUUCCUCAGAAACACGCCUAAAUGGACAGAAAAACAGACAGAGUGUUCGAUUACUGUGGAGACCAUCACAACAGAACGCACGGGUUUCGAGGACAGACCUGAAUCUGAUACAGCUGAUCAAAGCUGGGAGGGAAGGCGCAUUCUACAAAGCAAAGAUGUUGCGGGGAACCUGCAAAGGUCACUCACUUGUCACCUGCAAAAUUGCAAAAGAAGGAGUCACUUCCAAGCAAAUGGAGACUGAAGUGUCUGUUAUGAGGAAGCUGGUGUAUCAUAAGAAUGUGCUUCAGCUGCUGGACUGGAACACUGCUGAGGAGCCCUUCAUGUUGAUCAUGGAGUUUGUGAGUUAUGGGACCCUGCGCAGCUUUGUGCAGACACAUCAUGACAAGCUGAGAGCUGACCCUGAGAUCCAGAACCUUUUCACUAUCGCCUCCUAUCACAUCGCUCUGGCUAUGGAACACUUGCGCUCCAAAAUGGUGGUACACUGUGACCUUGCUUUAAGGAAUAUUCUGGUGAGCCGUUUCCCCUGGGAAAUCAAAGUGGCUGAGUUUGGUCUGGCCAGAGACUUGACGCGUAUGAGAAGUAGACGCAGCACCAGGAAAAAGCUCCAGAGGGAACGAGUGCCCUUGCGCUGGUAUCCUCCUGAAUAUUUCCGGAACAGCUACUACAGCUUCAAGGGGGAUGUGUGGGCUUUUGGUAUUGUGUUAUGGGAAAUGCAGACAUUUGGCAGUCUGCCCUAUCCCAAUUUGGAAACUUCAGAUCAAGUGGUGUAUCACAUUUGUGCUGGAACCAGAAACGUAGGACCUGACAGCUGCCGACCAGAGAUACUGCAGAUAAUGAAGGACUGCUGGUUGGAGCCUUAUACAGCCAGACCUUCCUUUACUGAGCUCGUCAGUAUCUUGGAGAAUAUAAUUGAGAAUGAUUCGGAUUAUGUGGAUGUUUCAGACCAAAGACCUACGAGUACAGCAGAAGACUGAAUAUUCACCAUCAUAGGCAAGUUGGAGUCCAGAAGCAUAUUGAGGAUCAGUGUCUUUUCCUGCUGGCCUACACAAGGAGUCACCUG